AUGGCAACUUACCUGCGUUACCUGGGCAAGGUGGUAAUAGUGACUGGUGGCACCAGAGGCAUUGGCCCAGCCAUCGUAAGAGAAUUUGUUCGCCAAGGCGCCAAGGUGGUCUUCUGUUCCCAGGCAUCUGAAGUGGAAACGGGCCACGCAAUUCAGAGGGAGUUGCAGGAUUCCGGGUGCCCAGGCGAAGCAUAUUUCCAUGUCUGUGAUGUCCGCAAUGAAACAGAAAUUAAGAGGUUGAUUUUGGUAACUGUAGAACGUUAUGGAUGCCUGGACUGCCUGGUGAACGCUGCCGGAGAUGUUUAUUCUGAAAAGAUAGAUGAUGUGACUGCCCAAAGCUUCCGCAACCUCAUGGAAAUGAACGUUGUGAGCUAUUUGUUAACAUCAAAGUACGCACUGCCCUACUUACGGGAAACGAGAGGAAACAUCAUCAACCUUGCCUGUAUUUGCGGUGUUAUUGGGGCGAAGCAUACUGUGUCAAAUGUCACAAGCAAGGGUGCUGUGAUUGCAAUGACCAAAGCCCUGGCCAUAGAUGAGAGCAAAUACGGAGUGCGAGUCAACAGCCUCUCUCCAGGUAAUAUCUGGACUCCUUUGUCAGAAAAGAUGGCUAAUCAGUCACCAGAUCCAGAGGCAGCAAUCCAGGAAAUCAAAGACCGCCAGCUUAUGGGACGUUAUGGGACCCCGGAAGAGGUGGCCUUGGGCGUCCUGUACCUUGCUGCUGAUGGAACUUUCUGUACUGGUUUCAACCUCAUGAUCAGUGGUGGAGCGGAAGUUGGCUUUGGGAAGAAGAGCGAGGUGGAUCCUGAGCCUGGCCCAAGUAUGUCUAGAAUGGAAAGUUAUCUACGUUACCCUGGCAAGGUGGUAAUAGUGACUGGUGGCACCAGUGGCAUUGGCCUGGCCAGCGUGAGAGAAUUUGUUCGUCAAGGCGCCAAGGUGGUCUUCUGUUCACGAGCACGUGGAGCAAAAAAGGGACAGGCAAUCCAGAGGGAGCUGCAGGAUUCUGGGUGCCCAGGCGAGGCGUUCUACCAAGUCUGUGAUGUCCGCCAGGAGGCAGAUAUCAAGAGGUUGAUUUUGGCAACUAUAGAACAUUAUGGAUGCCUUGACUGCCUGGUGAACACUGUUGGAGAAAUUUAUUAUGAUAAGAUAGAUGAUGUGAAUGCCCAAGACUUCUGCAAUCUCAUGAAAGUCAACGUUGUGAGCAGUUUGUUAGCAUCAAAGUACUCACUGCCCUACUUACGGGAAACGAGAGGAAACAUCAUCAACAUCGCCAGUCUUGCUGGUGUUUAUGGGGUGAAGAAUCUUUUGUCAUAUACCACAAGCAAGGGUGCUGUUAUCGCAAUGACCAAAGCCCUGGCCAUAGACGAGAGCAAAUACGGAGUGCGAGUCAACUGCAUUUCACCAUCCGGUAUCUGGACACCUUUUUUGGGAAAGUUAUUAAAUCAGUUACCAGAUCCUGAGGCAGCAAUCCAGGAAACCAAAGAUCUACAGCUUAUGGGACGUUUGGGUACGCCAGAAGAGGUGGCCUUGGGCAUCCUGUACCUUGCUGCUGAUGGAACUUUCUGUACUGGUUUCAACCUUAUGCUCAGCGGUGGAGCAGAAGUUGGCUUUGGGAAGAAGAGCGAGGUGGAUCCUCAGCAUGGCCCAAGUGUGAGUGGGAGCUCUCAGGACUCCUCCAGGAAGUAAUAGAGCUGCAAAGUGGGGUGCAGAUAAGAGCUAAGAGUCCAGAUGUCAUUUA